UUUCUGGAUCUGUCAGUCUGGCAGAAAACUGGCUUCGUCAGUAUUGGUUAUGGCAGGAAAACGGGAGAGUUAGAAGCGUUUGUCCUCCAUCAGGGAAACGGAUCUGACGUUUGCGACGACCUGUGAGGUCUGAUCCAGGCUUCGAGCAGGGAUGGCCACGUCCCAGGGCCCCACCAUGCUGUGGAGCCCCAUGGUGAUUGUGGAGGCUGCGGGUGGAGCCCUGCCCCAGGUUUCCCAGUAUUCAAUGAAACCUGCCAACCAGGAAGAGGGCUGUGUGUCCUUUGAGGAUGUGGCUGUGUACUUCUCCUGGGAGGAAUGGACACUACUUGAUGACUCUCAAAGGCUCCUGUACCAGACUGUGAUGACGGAGGUCUUCACACUCAUGUCUUCGCUGGAACUUCUACCUUCUGGGAUUCAUGACAUCAGCCAUCUGGAGUCUUGUGGAGAUCUCUCUGUGCCUGCACUGAGAUUCCUGACUCCGUGUUUAUGGACAGGUUGUUGGAUCAAAGUGGAGGGUGAGCCGUCCCCUUUGGAGCACAGUCGGUCUGCAGAAGGAGAUCUUACUUCAUCCAGGCUCCAACAGCAGAUGCUGAGCUGUGCUGAGACCCCCUUACUAAGCACAGACAAUGGGACGAUCCUCCAGACCCCCUCAGGUCUUCUCAGGCAUCAGAUGACUUACACUGUGGGGGAGCCACCCAAGAGCACCGAGAGUGGAGAGGCUGUGCAGGGAGAGAAGAAGAACUGCAUAUGUGGUGACUGUGGCAAAACUUUUACUAGCACAUCUCACCUUAAUCGGCACCGGAUGAUACACACAGGAGAAAAGCCUUUUCAGUGCAGUGAAUGUGGGAUGUCCUUCAGUCAAAAAGCCUUUCUCGUUAAGCAUUUCAGAAUUCAUACUGGAGAAAAGCCUUUCAGAUGCAGUGAAUGUGGCAAAGCUUUCAAGCAUAAUAUCUCCCUUGUUUCUCAUCAGCGAGUUCACACAGGAGAAACACCUUUUACGUGCAGUGAAUGUGGCAAAUCCUAUAUGACCAGAUCCAACCUUACACGCCAUUUUCAAGUUCAUAAUGCAGAGAAGCCUUAUAGUUGCAGUGAAUGUGGAAAAGCGUUUAAGGAAAAGUCCAGCCUCGUUUAUCAUGCCCGAGUGCACACUCGGGAAAGGCCUUUUGAGUGCAGUGAAUGUGGUAAAUCCUUCAGCCAAAAGGCCUUUCUUGUUAAGCAUUUCAGAGUUCACACCGGAGAAAAGCCUUUCAGGUGUAGUGAAUGUGGCAAAGCUUUCAAGCAUAACUGCUUCCUGGUUGCUCAUCAGCGAGUUCACACAGGAGAAACGCCUUUCACAUGCAGUGAAUGUGGAAAGGCGUACAUGAACAGAUCCAGCCUGUUGUAUCAUUUUCGAGUUCACACUGGAGAAAAGCCGUAGAAGUGCAGAGAAUGUGGAAAAGCAUUUCAGAAAAAAAAAAAAAAAUACAGCCUUGUUUAUCGUGUGUGACUCAAACUAGGGAAAGGCCUUUUGAAUGUCAUAAAUCUGGGCAGUGUUAAAAGAAUAAAACCAGAAAACUUGUCACCUCUGAAAGACCGAUAAGUUAGUAGCAGAGGAAAACUUUUACAUUUAAUGUGUGUGGAAGAGUUUUUACUGUGAGUAACAGCCUCAUUAAGCAUGAGAGAUACAACACUACAGGUAAGCAUCAGGAAUGCAGGGAAUGUGGGAAAGUGAUUUGCUGCAGGACUGGACUUUGUGGACACCAAAUGAUUCACACUGGAUAGAAUAUGUGUAUUGAGUGCAGUGAACCUAAGAAAUUAUUUCAGUGGUUUGUCCUAUACCACAAGAAUGCCUCUAAUGUGGGGAGCCUUUGCCCACACUUCUAUCCUGUUUAACUGAAGAGGCCACAGUGCGGGGGGUGCAUCAUGAACCCAUUGAGAGUGGGGAAGCCUUUGUGCAAUAGUUUGCUCCCAUUAGCAAUAUAUGCAAAACCCAGAUAGGUUUGUGAAUGUAGAGAAAGCUUCAGCCAUUGGCCAACCUUUUUCAAAAUCAGAAGUCCUGAAAGUAGCCUUUUUGAGGGAGCCAGUCGUUCAAAGGUACUUGUCAAAUAGGAACACUGGGAUGAGAUGAGGGGUUGCUGCUGUUUCCUUAUUCCCAAGAAGUUAAUACUUUCUGGGGAGCUUAGCAAGAGGAGGCCCAAUGUUCUUGACUGCACCAGCAUGGAGUAGAAUUUCCAUGUUACUGAGCUUGAAUGGGAGAGGAUUAAAAUGUCCUUGGAUUUUAAAUAAGACUUUUUUUUUCUUUUCACUGAAUAUUGCAGAUCCUGAAGUAAAUGAUUGCUGUAUAGUCUUCAUGACCGUCAUGUUCCCAUGUGUCCCUCAAUCUGUAGAGGACCAGCUCUGUGUAGCACCUUAUGCCCUCAUGUAGGAGUACAGCCUAUAUGUUUUAGGUGUUUGUUUGUUUUUUUAAUGUGUGAGUAUUUUGGCUGCACAUAUGUAUGUAUAUAAAGUUCAUAACUGAUGGUUAUGAACGACAGUGUUCACGGUGAAUAGAACCUAGGUCCUCUGCAAGAGCAGCAUGUGGUCUUAUACAGUGAGCCCUCUCUCGAGACCAUGUUUUAAGUUUUUAAGAAGUUAUCAGAUUUUGUUCUAAGUGGCUGUGUGUUUCAGCUUUCCUUCUGGAGUGUAUCAGGUACCAGUCCCUCACAUCCUGAUACAUUCUAAGUCAUGAGGUGUUCAUCUUAACAAUGGUAAUAAUUAUGUGGGCCUGGGUGGCACAGGCCUUUAAUAUCAGCACUCAGGAGGCAGAGGCAGCUGGAUGUCUGUGAGUUCAAGGCCAGUCUGCUUUACAUAACUAGUUCCAGGACAGCCAGGACCUAGAGAUAACCUGUCUCAAAAAACCAAAAAGAACAACACUACAACAAUUAAAUAAAGAAUAACAACUGUAGCAUAUAAUUGUGGUUUUAAUUUUGCAUUAUCUUCAUAUAUUAUUGUAGGGAUUUAUUUACUUUUGUGAGUUUGUGUUAUGUGUACUUUGGAGUUAUCGUCAGAGUCACUGGAACUGGAGUUCCAGAUCAUUGUGAACCUCUGUGCUUGGAAUUAAACCAAGUUUAUUUGCAAGAACAGUAAGUGCUGUUAGCCAGUUAGUCAUUUCUCUAUUCCUGUCACUGUUUUCUUUAUCUUUGUUUAGACACAGUCUUAUUGUAUAGGCUUGGAACUUUUUUUUUUUUUUUCAGAUUUAUUUUGAAUGCUCUAUGUGCAUGUACACCUGCAUGCCAGAAGAGGGCAGUAGAGGGUAUAGAUGUUUGUGAGCCACCAUGUGGUUGUUGGGAAUUGAACUCAGUACCUCUGGAGCUGGUCUUUAAGUCACGUGCCACUCCCAGGACCAAAAGAAAUUGGGGCAAAGCUGGGCAUGGUGAUGCACCCCUUUAAUCCCAGCACUCAGGGAGGCAGAGGCUGGUGGUUUGAUGUGAAUUUGAGGCCAGCCUGGUCUACAAAGUGAGUCCAGGACCAGAAUACUGAGGCUGUGGCUCAGUUGGUAGGGGGCUUGGGUAGCGGGCACAUGGUCCUGGGUUUGAGUCACAGAAGCAUGUAACCCAGAGGUGGUAGCCCAUAUAUUUAGGAGGUGAAAGCAGGCAGAUCAGAACAUCAAAUUCACCCUAAGCCACAAAGGUGGAACCCAGCCUAGGUCACAGAAACCUAUCUGAAAGCAUGAAAUGGGGCAGGGUCCAUGUGUGGUUGUACAAGCCAUUGGUCCUAGCCCUUGGUCAAGUAGAUGUUUGUGAGUUUCCAGAGCUCACUCUACAGACCAGGCUGGCCUCAAACUCAGAGACCCACUUGCCUCUGCCUCCUAAGUGCUGAGAUCAAACAUGCAUACCACUACUGCCCUGCAAGUAGUAGCUUUUCUAAACCUCAGAUGAUUCACAUUUGAUAAAUGUCCUACAAGUUCAGUGAAUGUGGGAUCUACUGUAGUUACGUACCCUAAACAUACAACAAAAAGUUCACUGGACGAAAGUGUUGAAUGCUUCAAAUGUGGGGAGCCUCCAUUCACACCUCCAACCCAUUCAGCUGGAGAGGUCGCAUAGCUGGGAUGCUUCAUGAGCCUACUGACUUGGGGAAAGCCUCUGAGCAAAGGUCUACUCUGAGUAACACACAGAGCUAGAAUAAGCUUUAGGUGAGGAGAAUGUAGAGAAAAGCUUUCAGUCCUGGUCCAAGCUUGCUCAGCCUCAGGACAGAGUUCAAAUUCUGAGAGCAGCCUUUGUAAGGCAGGCAGCGACUGAGCACUCCUCAUGAGCUGGACACCUUGGGGCAGCAUGAUGUUUGUUGCCAUGUUCGGAUUCCCAAGAAGGUGGCUCUUGCUAGGGAACUAGGUGAGAAGGGACCCUGUUCUUCACGGCUCUGUUCUUCUUCACUCACUACUGUGGAGUCACGUUCCCAUGUUCCUGAACUGGGCAGGGAGACACAGGUGGCUUUAAUAAGACAUGUUUUCUCAGGGCUGGAGAGAUGGUUCAGUGCUUAAAGCACUGACUGCUCUUCCAGAGAACCCUGGUUCAAUUCCCAGCAGCUUCUAGGCAGCGCACAACUGUCGGCAACUCAACACAUACAUGGAGGUGAAACAUCAAAUAGGAUUAAAUGAAUUAAAGUACAGACAUGCCUUCUCUUCUUAAGAAGUGUUACAGUUCCCUGAAAGAGUGUUUAUUUCCCAUAGACUCUUUAUGAGCUGAAGGAAGUUUUUGGCUAAUUUUCCUGGGGACCAGCUGCUAGAAGCACUGCAUGCUGUGUGUUGAAGUGCUACACAAAUGUUUGGACUUUUAAAGCAGUUAACUGAUUCUUGGUUCUGAGUGUUUUUUCCUUCUUCCUGAAAUAUAACUGAUCCAUAGUUCAUCACAUGUUCAUUGACACUUUGUGAUUGGUGAGCGCUUCAUUUUGGCCUUUCUAUUAUCCACUGUAUUGUGCUUUCAUGUUUUCUUUUUAAAGUUGAUAUUUUUUACUCUUGUGUUCUUUUUUUUUUAAUUCUUCAGUCAUGUUUCCUUGAGUAACAUGGAAACAUGUUACUCCAAAUUUUGUGAUAGGUUAAAAACAUAAAAAAAAAAAAAAAAGCUGUUGAGAGACAUCUAGGCUGUUUCCAGCAUCUGGCUAUUACAAAUAAAGCUGCUAUAAACAUAGUUGGGCAAAUUUCUUAGUUGAAUGGUGGGGCAUCUUUUGGAUGUAUGCCCAGGAGUGGUAUAGCUGGAUAUUGAGGUAGCAAUAUUUCUAAUUUUCUGAGAAAAUGCCAGAUUGAUUUCCAAAGUGAUUGUACAAGUUUACAUUCCCACCAGCAACGGAGGAGGCUUUGCCUUUCUCCACAACCUCUACAGCAUGUGUUAUCACUUGAGUUUUUCAUCUUGGCCAUUCUGAUGGGUGUAAGGUGAAAUCUCAGGGUUGUUUUGAUUUGCAUUUCUGUGAUGAAUAAGGAUGUUGAGCAUUUCUUUAAGUGCUUCUCUGCCAUUUGAUAUUCCUCUGUUGAGAAUUCUCUGCUUAGCUCUGUAUCCCAUUCUUUAUUUGGAUUAUUUGGUUUCUUGGUGUCUAAUUUCUUGAGCUCUUUAUAUAUUCUGGAUAUUAGCCCUCUAUCGGAUGUAGGGUUGAUCUAGAUCUUUUCCUAGUUUGUAGGCUGUCAUUUUAUUCUGUUGACAGUGUCUUUUGCUUUACAGAAGCUUUUUAGUUUCAUGAGGUCCCACUUAUUGAUUGUUCAUCUUAGAGCCUGUGCUGUUGGUGUUCUGUUUAGGAAGUUGUCUCCUGUGUCAAUGAGUUCAAGGCUCUUCCCCAUUUUUUCUUCUAACAGAUUUAGAGUGUUUGGUUUUAUGUUGAGGUCUUUGAUAGACUUGCACUUUAGUUUAGUGCAGAGUUAUAAAUAUGGAUCUAUUUGCAUUUUUCUACAUGUAGACAUCCAGUUAGACCAGCACCAUUUGUUGAAGAUGAUGUCCUUUUUUUCAUUGUUUGCUUUUGUCUGUCAAAAAUCAAGAAUCCAUAGGUGUGUGGGCUCAUUUCUGGACCUUCAGUUAGAUUCCAUCGAUCCACCACUCUGUUUCUAUGAUAGCACCAUGCAGUUUCUAUUACGAUUGUUCUGUAGUACAGCCGACUUGUCCCUGUUUAAUAACCAGAAUGUUGAUCACUUGCCCAAAUUGGAGGACUCUCAGAAUAAUUCCCUCCUAGGGGGCAUACAAGACAACUAGCCAAAACCUAGCUACCUGAUUUUCUCAGGGGAAGCCCCUGUGUUGUUAAAUGGUUGGUUUGUUUGUUUUGAGACAGGGUCUUACUAUGUAUCCCUGGCAGGCCUUACUAUGUAGGCUAUGAUGGUUUUGGAACUCACAGAAAUUCACCUGCCUCUGCCUACCCAGAGCUAGAAUUAUAGGCUUGCAUCAUUACACCCAGCCCAGUGUGCAUUGAUGGACUUGAAUGUAUGAAAUAAUACGUGGGAUUGUGGUCACUCAAUAGAUAAAGGCACUUGCUGCAAAAUGGUAACCUGAGUUUGAUCUAUGAGAUCCACUCUGUGGAAGAAAAGAACUGGGCCUUAUAAGUUGUCCUUGACCUCCAAUCCAUGGACACACACACACUAAAUGUAUUAAUUAAUGUAAUAAAAAAUUUUACAUAGAAAUAAAAACAUGUUUAAAUAAUGGUUGAUCAGGACACAUACACAAAAGCAAUAAAAUAGCAUACCUAUAAUGUGGCAUUAUAAAUAAUAAUUGGUUGAAAAUGUAUUCAACAUUUGAUUAAAAAUAAAUAUCUUGUAAGUCACAUUCUUUUAAAGAUUAUUUUAUUUUGUAUACAAUAUUUUUUGCCUGCAUGUACACCUGAAAGCCACAAGAGGGCACCAGAUCUCAUUAUACAGUUUUCAGAGCCACCCCUUGGUUGCAGGGAACUGAGCUCAGGACUUCUGGAAGAGCCAUCUCUCCAGCCUGUGAGUCACAUUCUUAAAUGUAUGCUUUUUAAAAGGUCCUAUACAGCCAGGCAGUGGUGGUGCUCCUUUAAUCCCAUCACUGAGGCAGGCAGACCUAUGUAAGUCAGCCUGGUCUGCAGAGCUAGUUCCAGGACAACCAGGUCUACACAAAGAAAGGCCCUAUAUCUUUAAAACCUGUGUUUACUGUAACUGAGACUCUUUCAGAAACUAAACUAAGUACUUGGUAUUUAAAACUGAGUUUGAGUGAGUCAUGGUGGCACACACUUUUGAUCUUAACACUAGGGGUAGAGGCAGGUAGAUCUCUCUCAAGACCAGCCUGGCCUACAUAGUGAGUUCUAGGACAACCAGCACUACACAGUGAGAGCUCCCAUUUCAAAAACAGAACAAAACAAAACCAAUCAACCAACUAAACAAAAAAAAAAUCAUCAACAACAAUUCCCCCCCCCAAAAAAAAGCAAGCCAGACCAAACCUGAAAGACCAACU